GGGGGGAGGGGCGCGGCCAGGUCCGCGCAGGCUCGCCGGGGCCGCAGCCGCCGAGCUGAGCGCUUGACUAUAUAUGGUCAAAGCUGGGGGCGAGCCGCGCGCGGGGCCGCGCUUCCGGGUUCGGGGCGUCCGCUGCGGCAGCGCGCAGGGCAGGCGCGAGCUGGCCUCGGAGCCCCGGCCUCGGACCGCCCCCUCCACGCCCGGCACGCCCGGCGCCGCCUUCCGGCCCAGUCCCCGGGCUCGGCCUUGGCGACGUCUGAUUCGCAACGCGGGUCGGCCCCGGAGGCUCUCGGCGAGCGCGGCGCGGUAACAAGUGGGCGAGGAUGCCGUACGAGAUCAAGAAGGUGUUCGCCAGCCUCCCCCAGGUGGAGAGGGGCGUCUCCAAAAUCAUUGGCGGCGACCCUAAGGGCAACAAUUUUCUGUAUACCAAUGGAAAGUGUGUCAUCAUAAGAAACAUCGACAACCCAGCUGUGGCCGACAUCUACACGGAGCAUGCCCAUCAGGUGGUGGUAGCCAAGUACGCGCCCAGCGGAUUCUACAUCGCCUCUGGAGAUGUGUCUGGGAAGCUGAGGAUCUGGGACACUACGCAGAAGGAGCACCUGCUGAAGUAUGAGUAUCAGCCCUUCGCAGGGAAGAUUAAAGACAUUGCUUGGACCGAAGACAGUAAGAGGAUCGCCGUGGUCGGGGAAGGAAGGGAGAAGUUUGGAGCCGUCUUCCUGUGGGACAGUGGCUCUUCUGUGGGCGAGAUCACGGGACACAACAAAGUCAUCAACAGUGUGGACAUCAAGCAGAGCAGGCCAUACCGGCUGGCGACGGGAAGUGAUGAUAACUGCGCUGCAUUCUUUGAAGGACCCCCAUUCAAGUUCAAGUUCACAAUUGGAGACCACAGCCGCUUUGUCAACUGUGUGAGAUUCUCUCCCGACGGGAACAGAUUUGCCACAGCAAGUGCUGACGGCCAGAUACACAUCUAUGACGGGAAGACGGGAGAGAAGGUGUCCGCGCUGGGAGGAAGCAAGGCCCAUGACGGGGGGAUUUAUGCUAUUAGUUGGAGUCCUGAUAGCACCCAUCUGCUUUCUGCUUCUGGAGACAAAACUUCCAAGAUUUGGGAUGUCAAUGUGAACUCUGUCGUGAGCACUUUCCCCAUGGGCUCCACCGUGCUGGACCAGCAGCUGGGCUGCCUGUGGCAGAAGGACCACCUGCUCAGCAUCUCCCUGUCUGGAUACAUCAACUACCUGGACAAGAAUAACCCCAGCAAGCCCCUGCGGGUCAUCAAGGGUCACAGUAAAUCAAUCCAGUGUCUGACGGUGCAUAAAAACGGCGGCAAGUCCUACAUCUAUUCUGGGAGCCACGACGGACAUAUUAAUUACUGGGAUUCAGAAACGGGGGAAAACGACUCCUUUGCUGGGAAAGGCCACACGAAUCAGGUGUCCAGAAUGACUGUGGAUGAGUCCGGGCAGCUGGUCAGCUGCAGCAUGGACGACACCGUGCGGUACACCAACCUCAUGCUGCGUGACUACAGCGGACAAGGAGUUGUGAAACUGGAUGUUCAGCCGAAGUGCGUAGCUGUCGGCCCUGGGGGGUACACUGUGGUCGUGUGCAUCGGGCAGAUUGUCCUGCUGAAGGACCAGAAGAAGUGCUUCAGCAUCGAUAACCCCGGCUACGAGCCGGAAGUUGUGGCGGUGCACCCGGGUGGAGACACGGUGGCUGUCGGGGGCACGGAUGGCAGCGUCCGCCUGUACUCCAUCCUGGGCACCACACUGAAGGACGAGAACAAGCUCCUGGAGGCCAAGGGCCCCGUGACAGAUGUGGCCUACUCCCACGAUGGCGCCUUCCUCGCCGUGUGCGAUGCCAGCAAGGUGGUCACGGUGUUCAGCGUUGCCGACGGCUACUCGGAGAACAAUGUUUUUUAUGGACACCACGCAAAAAUCGUCUGCCUGGCCUGGUCACCAGACAAUGAACACUUUGCCUCCGGUGGCAUGGACAUGAUGGUGUACGUCUGGACCCUGAGCGACCCAGAGACCAGAGUCAAGAUCCAAGAUGCACACCGGCUACACCACGUCAGCAGCCUGGCGUGGCUGGACGAGCACACGCUGGUCACGACCUCCCACGACGCCUCUGUCAAGGAGUGGACAGUCACCUACUAAGGAGCCCACCCCGGACAGACCGAAUCAGGGACUAGAGUUUAACUGCAGCGGAACACAUCAUUUCUCUAUUUCUGUAACGUGCCCCUGCCCCGCCCCGCCGCAGGAGGGAGGAGGGCCUUAACGAUGACCCCGCCUCUCUACAGGGUGUCUGUGUCUGUACGUGUCCUUCCGAAAGCUUUAGACAGUAACAGUUUGCACAUGAAAAAUAAAGCGAGCACUUCAACAAUGUGUGGAGCGUAACUAAAAACCCACAGCCCAGCCAGACCUUGAGAAUGCAGAACAUUCCAGAGGCAGCAGCCUCAAAAGCACAGAGCCCCACCCCCACCCCCACCCGCAGCUCUUGCUGUCUGUCAGGGGCAGCUGUACAGGUGAGCAGCCCGUGGCUCCCUCUCUCCUAUGUGCAGAACAUGUCUGCACCAGCGAGAGGGAAUGUUCGCUGCAGUUCAGCAAGGCCGGAAUUCUGCGUAAAGCAGGUGUCUGUCUCCCUGUAGUGCGUGUGCAUCGCCACGUGGCAGCCUCCAGAAAGCCGCCUUAGGUCAGGUGGAGACACACACGUGACCCUUGGAUGUGUUUCAUUGUCAGAUUUUGUGCUUGAUUUUAAGAAUGGAAUUGUGGGAUUUUUUUUAAAUGUAUUUUAACUGUUGCCUGUCAGUUUACAAGCUAGCACAUCGACGGCACCGUGUCCGGGUUUCUAGAGCCCUUGUCAGGCAGACCCAGGUGUCCUGGUCACCGUUUCACCAUCAGGCUUGGAUGUUUUCCUGUCUUUCUCUCUCCCUUCUGCUCCUAAGAGCAAAGAUUAAUUUAAAGGCAAAGAUGAAGUCACUGUAAACUAAUCUGUCAUUGUUUUUACCUUCCUUUUUUUUUCAGUGCAGAAAUUAAAAGUAAGUAUAAAGCACCGUGAUUUGGAGUUUUUUUGCGUGUGUCGGAAUCACUGGUAAAUGUUGGCUGAGAACAAUCCCUCCCCCUUGCACUUGUGAAAACACUUUGAGCGCUUUAAAGAGAUUAGACUGAGAAAUAAUUAAAUAUCUUUUCUCUUCA